ACAAGGAUCUACACUCAUUCACACAGCGAGCAGAAUGAGAGCAGAGCUCUGAGGAAAGGAUUUUAUUUUAUUUAUUUUUUUGACGUGCAGAGUGUCGAACAAAGUAACCUGCUGAGUCCGACAAAACCACCUGAGUUCUACAGACGGCCGACAUGUCGGAAGAAGCGAGCUCACAGGACGGGAACGGCAAAGUCAGCCGGGUCAUCAGGAUCGGAACUCGCAAGAGCCAGCUGGCGCGCAUCCAGACUGACAGUGUGGCCGACAAGCUGAAGGAGCUCUACCCGGACGUCCACCUGGAAAUAGUUGCCAUGUCAACAACAGGAGAUAUAAUCCUUGACAGAGCUUUAUCAAAGAUUGGUGAGAAGAGUUUAUUCACCAAAGAGUUGGAGAACGCCCUGGAGAGGAAUGAGGUCGACCUGGUCGUUCACUCGCUGAAGGAUCUCCCCACCAGCCUGCCUGCAGGGUUCACCAUCGGAGCUGUGCUGAAGAGGGAGAACCCCCAUGAUGCAGUGGUGCUCCAUCCAAGCAACACAGGAAAAACUCUGGACACUCUUCCAGAGAAAAGUGUUAUUGGCACGAGUUCAUUACGCCGCGCUGCCCAGCUGAAGAAGAGGUUUCCCCAUCUGGAAUUCAAGGACAUCCGUGGGAACCUGAACACGCGUCUGAAGAAGCUGGAUGAGAAGGACGACUUCGCUGCCAUCAUCCUGGCUGCUGCCGGCCUGAAGAGGAUGGGCUGGGAGAACCGAAUCAGCUUGAUCCUGGAGCCUGAAGACUGUAUGUACGCUGUUGGACAGGGGGCUUUGGCAGUGGAGGUCCGGGCCAGAGAUGCAGACAUCCUGGAGAUGGUGUCUGUCCUCCAUGACCCCGACACUGUGCUGCGCUGCAUUGCUGAGAGAGCUUUCCUCAAGCAACUGGAGGGCGGCUGUAGUGUUCCUGUGGCUGUGCACACCAAGGUGAAGGACUCCCAGCUCUACCUGACCGGCGCUGUGUACAGUCUAGAUGGAUCACAGAGCAUCAAAGAAACCAUGCAGACCAGCAUCGCUCCCGGCGACGAGCAGAGCCUGGAGAGGGUGGACGAGCAGGUCCAGAGAGUGGGAGUCACAGCCAUCAAAGUCCCAGCUGAAGCCCAGGAUGCGGCUGAGCGGCUGGGCGUCAAACUGGCUGAUUUACUACUAAGCAAAGGAGCCAAGGAGAUCCUGACGGUGGCCCGGCAGCUCAAUGACGCCAGAUAAUCCCAUCCCAUAACCCCCUCCCCCUCCCCUUACGCCUCCAAUGGAAGGGACUGUUUGUUCAGUCUAACGCAACCUUGUUUCAAAUAAAACCACAACCUUUGUCUUGUGUGGUGCUAAUUUAAAGCCCACUUGAUUAAGAAACUGUGUUGUGGAAACACUACUUGAACCAAAGUUGCGCUCAGCACAUCAGUUUGUCAGGAGUCCCUUCUGUUUGUGGGUCUUGGUUUGGGUGCUAGCCUGUACUUACCUCAGUGAACCAUCUCCUUAACCACACACACAUCAGCCCACUGGGAUGAUCACAAAACGGCCUUCAGCACCUGCAUCACCAACUGAAAUGAGUCCAGGACGUGCCACCGUCAUCCAAGUGAAGCAGAAAGGAAGAGCUUAUCCACACUGUUGUUACAAACACAAACGCAAAUGUUGAGUCCAACGCUUGCCCGUAGCAGAACUGGAGAGCGAGGCUGGGAUCCGCACAGCUCUGCACUGAACCGGACAUUUUAACGCUCGAAGCUGUAGCUUCAGAACCCUUCCCUCAGUUCAGUUUUCUGUUCUUUACAAACAGAGAUGGUUUAAGUUUUACUUACAGUGUGAAGAAUGUUUGCAUAAACACAAAAACGGCUGGCAAGAGCACGUGAUUAGCACUGUGUUCGCACAAACAUUUGAAUGUGUGUGUCUGUGAAAUGAUGUGGUUAUUCCAGCCUCACUGAGGUUCCUCUGAUACGUGAGGCUCAGGCUGUGCUGAGGGUCUGGUGGGAUCAUAGCGAUGGUAUUUUCAUAUAAAUUUGAGACUAGAAUUCUUUCCUUAUCUAACUGCUUUAUACGAAAACAAAUAAAGCAGCAAAUAUUCGGUGUGUUGCUGAAAACUACGCUAUAACCUUUAAAUUAAUGAUAUAGCAUGUAUUUAUUUAUAUAUUUUCAUGCAUAGACUUGGGCAGAAAAUGAAACAGACACUUGCUAAAUUCUGAAGAAAUAUUUGAGGGAAGAAUAUACAUUUUUUUGUGCUCUUCAGAGUAACACUGUCUACCUAUCUGUUCCUGUACCUGGCCUGUAGUUGUAGCCAGGCAACAGGACUAGUUCUCUGCUAGUUUUUAGAUUAUGACUUCCUGUACUUUUUAUCAUCACAAAAUAUUCCCAAACAGCAGAAAUUGUCUCGUAAGCGAGACUGUUUUUGUUUUUUCAGUCAGCUGACUGGCAGCGAGCAGCAGCAGGUGGGUUAAGGAGCUGGAGCUGGCCCCAGGCCAAAUAAAGUGACUUAAAAUGAUAUGUACCAUUAAAAUGAUCUAAAAUUAAAAACUAA